AUGCGCCUCCGGCGUUUCUUUUCGACUCUUCGGGCUCUGCAACAUGACAACCCGCUAGGCCUCCCGCAGUCUGGGACGCCUCCCACAUUAAAAAGCCGCCGCGGCCUGCCACAGAAACGCAAGAUUCGUGAUGUCGCAAAAGUUGUCGCGGUGUCCUCGGCCAAAGGCGGAGUCGGAAAAUCCACGAUUGCUGUAAAUCUUGCGCUCGCUCUAGCUCGCCGUGGUAUUCGCACCGGUAUCCUUGACACCGAUAUCUUCGGGCCCUCCAUCCCCACGCUUUUGAACCUGCAUGGCGAACCGCGACUCGACAGCAACAAUUGUCUUCUUCCGUUAACUAAUUAUGGCCUAAAGUCCAUGUCAAUGGGGUAUCUUCUUCCGCACGCAUCCAAUCACGAAUCCAAUACCACCGCCGACCCAUCAUCGCCUCCGCCCAUGGACACAACCCCGAUAAGCUGGAGGGGACUGAUGGUCACAAAGGCGAUGCAACAACUCCUCCACUCAGUGUCCUGGGGUCCUCUUGACAUACUCAUUCUCGACCUCCCUCCCGGCACCGGCGAUGUGCAGUUGACCAUUGGCCAGGAAAUCAUCCUCGACGGCGCCGUCAUAGUCUCAACACCGCAAGACAUUGCGCUGCGCGACGCGGUUCGCGGAUUCGGCAUGUUUCAGAAGAUGGAUGUUCCGGUACUUGGGAUGGUGCGAAAUAUGGCUUUCUUUGCCUGUCCGAAUUGCGGCCAUGAGACCAAGAUAUUCUCCCACGCUCAUGGCAACGAGAACCAAGAACACGGUGUCGUUGCUCAAUGCAAGAGGCUUGGUGUUGAUUUCCUGGGUGACAUACCUCUUGAUGCGCGAGUCUGUGAAGAUGCUGAUCGAGGUAUGCCUACUGUUGUUGCAGAGGAAGGCGAUGAGAAUAGUGCGCGGAGAAGAGCUUUCAUGACUGUAGCAGAAAAGGUUGCAAAAUCUGUGGGGAUAGAGUGGAAGUGA